AUGAAAAGAAAAAAAAAGCCUGAAAUCGUAAAGACGUCGCAAGUCAAGAGCAGGAAACCCUCACUACCUCUCCAUUCUCCCAACAAGAGUCUCGCUCGUCGUCACCGAGUCGUGCUCCCUCUUGUCCGACACUCUCUCCGCCAGCACCCGCCACGCCUUCUGCCUCACCCUCUCCCUCAGUGCGUUCAUCAUGGCCAGCCUCCUCUGCCGCACCACGUCCGGCUGCUCACCCCUACCGCCGUCGUUGCCGCCGCCGCCGCCAGAACACCCGCCGCAGCCUCUAGCCGGCCCGACGUCCGGCCGGUCCGGCAUCCGCCACGCCGGGUACAAAUUCCCGUCGUGAUGACCGGACCCGGACCCGUCCCGGAGCCCCACGCCGCUCGGCUGCUCGGCAAAAUAGCACUGGCAGAGCAUGCACGGCGGCUUGCUGCAGCCGACGAACUUGACGUUGCGGAAGAAGCGCUCCGGGCGGGUGCCGCCGCACGAGUGCUCCAGCCAGUUGAGCACGGCGACCUCGGCGUGCACGAGCGGCUGGAAACUGGGGCAGCGCCACUGCCUGGCGACGGCCGCGUCGACGACGCCGGCACCCAGGGCGCGGUCGACCUCCUGCAGGAGGGAGGCGUGGUGCGGCCUGUCCAUUUUGGAAGAGUGUUGCCUGACGAGCUCGCUGGCCGACUUGAGCUUUUCGCCGACCGGUCUGCCCUCGCACGCUGCGGAGGGGAUGGCGACGACGUCAAAGUCGUCAAAGAGCUCCGGCCAGACUAUGGCCACGAUGCCCAGGUCCUCGACGAGGUGCCCGUAGGAGAGGAGGCGGCCCGAGUGGUGGUGAAGCUCGCGCCAGGGGGCUGCGUUGCCUCCUCGGUCAUUGUCCAGCCGGCGGCUGAUGAACAUGCGCAGGGGAUUGUCGUCUCUCAGGCACUUGAGGCGCCUAAUGAGUUUCUCGACAACAUCGAGGACUGA